ACUGCACGGUGAAUCCAGCCGCAGCCGUCCCCUCGCACGCAUCGCAAACGCCAGCGCGGUUCUUGCCUGUCAGCCUCCAUUGCUUUUUGUUCCCGCGCCCGGGAACUUAUCUUUCGUGACUUCGACCCCCGCACGGCCUAAAACUGUACGCCAACAUGAUGGCCCAGUCGUACCAGGUUACGCCUGGUGUCCUCAAAACAGUCAUACAGCCGGGCAUAGGGCCUCGACCAAACGUCGGCGACAGCAUCACCGUCCACUGCACCGGCCUGCUAACGAAUCCGCCCAGGAAAUUCUGGAGCACACGUGACCCUGGGCAGCAACCCUUCUCAUUCCGUGUGGGCGUUGGCGAGGUGAUCCGCGGCUGGGACGAAGGCUGCCUGUCGAUGCAGAAGCACGAGCUGUCGCGCCUCACCAUCUGCGGCCUCAAGGCAUACGGCGCACAGGGAUUUCCAGCAUGGGGGAUCCCACCAAAUGCAGACCUGCAGUUUGAGAUCCAGAUUUUGGCCAUCAACGGGAUGUGAGCAAGCCAGCUGAGAUCAUGGGACAGUUGUUGUUUCCACCUGUCUGUACGUUUCACCAUGGGAUUCUGUAAGCGCCGGCCCCUGUUUGUGGUAUGCAUUAAACUUGCUGAGAAACUGUGUACAA